AGGCUGUACGCACCCAUCUGCCGGAUGAAUUCCUUGACCGACUUCCUGACCUGGUCAGGCGAGUAAUCAAACUCGGCGGCCACGCGCUUAGCCUCUUCUGCCAGAACCAUGUUGUAUUUGACGGGGGUAUAAAAGGUGUGGGAGGUAUGCGUAGGAGGCGGCGGGACGGGGCAGGAAGGCGGGAUUUUAUGGAGAAGACGGAGGUGGUCGGUUGCGGAGGAGGAUGCGGAGACCGGGGGGUCACGAGGGAAGAUGGGGUGGGCUCGCGGUGGGGAGAUGUCUGUCGCGAGGAAGAGGCGUGGUACGAGAAAUUGGACAAGGAGGACGAGGGCAAGAAAGAUGAUCGGAAGGAAGCGACGGAUGGACCGGAGCUCGGCGGGGUUUUGUAUGGAGAAGAAGGAAUUGGAAGCAGAGGGGUCCGGGGCAGACGUCCGUCUGCGGGCGCCGGAGGACGUCAGGGCUGCGACGAAUUUCUGGCCGCGGCCCUAAUUUGGCAGCGUGGGCGGGGCACACUUGGCGGGGCUGCCUACGUCACGGGCGUGAGAUGCGGCGGCGGCGAGGGCGAGGAUAAAGUAAGUGCGCGAUUUCCAACGUGUCGACGCCCAAAGUUAAGGACAGGGAGGGAGUGUGGAUGAAAGAAAGAAAAUAAAAAUAAAAAAAAUAGGUGUCCACUACUACUGCUUGUCCGCUCUCCCGUCCCGUCGGUCCCCUCCCUCUCUCUGGCCUCUGCAGCUGCAGCAGCAAGCACCCACAGAACCCACAGCCCAGACUCCAGCCCUCCGCCCUCCAGGCCCCAGGCGUACUCCAUCUCCGGCGCAGGUAACAUCAUCGAGUUGCGUCGGCGCCUGCACGGACUCGGCUCGGUCUCUUGUGAGGCC